AUGGUGACUAUGAGAUUGUUAAGCCUUUUGGGUAAUUCUUUUGGAUGUUCUGCAUCUGGGGAGCGUCUAGUUUCUGCAGCAAGAGAUGGGGAUCUUCAGGAAGCCAAGGCUUUAUUGGAGUAUAAUCCUCGCCUCGUGAGGUAUUCGACCUUUGGCGUUCGCAAUUCUCCCCUACAUUACUCGGCUGCUCAAGGUCACCAAGAGAUUGUUUCCCUCUUAGUUGAAUCUGGAGUUGAUAUUAAUCUCAGGAACUAUAGAGGGCAGACUGCUCUGAUGCAAGCUUGUCAAUACGGGCAUUGGGAGGUUGUUCAAACUCUGAUUCUAUUCAAAGCCAAUAUCCACAGAGCUGAUUAUCUUAAUGGAGGAACUGCACUGCACUUAGCUGCUUUGAAUGGCCAUUCCAGAUGUAUCCGGAUUCUCCUUACUGAUUACAUUCCUAGCAUUCCUAAUUUUUACAGCAUCUUAAGGAAAAGAUCAAAAAAUGAUGCAACCAUUUCGGAAAUUGAUGAUAGUGCACUCUACGAGGUCAUCAAUAGACCUGCUGAUGGUGGCGUCACUGCCCUCCAUAUGGCUGCACUUAAUGGGCAUGUUGAAACUGUUCAACUCCUACUGGAUUUAGGGGCUUCCAUUUCUGAGGUCACUGUGGAAGAUGGAACUACAAUUGAUUUAAUUGGUCCAGGAAGCGCACCCCUCCAUUAUGCUGCUUGUGGUGGUAGUGCACAGUGUUGUCAGCUUUUGAUUGCAAGGGGUGCCAGUCUGACUGCAGAAAAUGCUAAUGGUUGGACUCCCUUGAUGGUUGGCCGUUCAUGGCAUAGAGAUUCGCUUGAGGAAAUUCUUAGCAGGAGUUCAGAAAGCCAACCACAACUUAGUCCUUCACCAUAUUUAUGUCUUCCCCUUAUGAGCAUCGUUAAUAUCUCUAGAGAAUGUGGAUGGAGAGGCAAUGACAUGCUGUCCACAUGCAUAGAUCCUUGUGUUGUUUGCUUGGAAAGGAAAUGCACAGUUGCUGCAGAAGGUUGUCUCCAUGAGUUCUGCACUCAUUGUGCUUUGUAUCUAUGCUCCACAAAUAGCAUCUCUACCGUAUCUCAUGGUCCCCCGGGCUCAAUUGCUUGCCCACUCUGCCGGCAUGGUAUAAUUUCUUUCGUUAAGCUUCCGGACACAAGGUCAGUAUGCAAGUAUAUUUCAAGAACAAGUUUGUCCUUGACUUUUUGCACUUGCUCGACCGAGGUUCCUGAACACGCUUUACUGGAAACCUCAUUAUGCAAGCCGGAUUUCUCUUGUGCUCGGAUCUCCCCACUCGGUUCUUCUUUCCGCUCUAUUAGCUGCCAAAGGUUUCCAUCCGUGAAACUCCGACCAAGCCUUUGUAUGGGAGCUUCGGACACUACUCCUUCUUUGGUUCCAAGAUCGGUUGGCCGUAACUUGAGGAAUCAACUGGUUAGAUGUUCAAGAUCCAGCUUUAGGUGUUCCACUUCUGAGAAUGAAGGGAAAAGAUGCUGUAAUGGAUUUCUGGCGGAGAUCUCGGAGCUUCGCGGAGGAAGCCGCAAAGCAAUCACACGAGCGUCAAAGCGGCGUCAAACGCACUGCCACCGUCGCCACCACUUUAUCACUACUACAGCCUCAUUAGAUCCACAUGCUACAACCCACAAUCGCGGCGCCUCUACAAGCCGUGAUACUGUCUCGCGUAGCAGAACCACCGUGCAAGCCCACAAUCGAAGGCGGAAGAGAGGAAUUGGCGGUGUGAUAAAAGAGAGGAGAGAAGGAAGAGCUGUAAUGGAUUUCUGGCGAAGAUCUCGGAGCUUCGCAGAGUCACAUGAGCGUCAAAGCGACGCCGAACAUACUGCCACCGUCGCUACCACUUUAUCACUACUACAGCCUCAUCAGAUCCACAUACUGCAACCCACAAUCGGGGCGCCUCUACAAGCCGUGACACUGUCUCGCAUAGCAGAACCACCGAGGAAGCCCAUAAUCGAAGGCGGAAAAGAGGAAUUGGCGGUGUGA